AUGUCUUGUCGUGGUUGUGCUGCUAUAACCUUUUCUGUUGUGUUGUUAAGUCUUUUACUUUUAUCUUUCACGUUAAUUGAUCUUAACGUCCCAGACGCCGAGCCUUCUCGUUCUACGGGUUAUCCAACAUGGCAUCCAGUCCUCGAUCAUUUUGAUCAACAAAGCUAUGAUACUUCGAUUUUCUUUUUAAUGAUUUCCUUAAUUUUAUCGGGUUAUUACUCAUUACAAUGGGUCUCACAUCGGGAUUUACCAAAAAAAUUUAUUACAUAUAUCUAUCAAGAAAAUGGAAGUAGAAUUCCAGCUAUUUGGUUUAAUAAGACCAUAGCUUAUUAUAUUUCGUUCACUUCCGUGAGCGGGGUUGCCUUAUUCUUUUUUGAUUCAGGAAAGCUAUGGUCAACUUUCGGUACUUUGCAUAAUGUUUGGGAAGUUUGUAUUUUGUUAUUAUUAGCUCAAGGAGGAAAAAUCACUUCAAGCUUUUUUUAUGCAUUUGUUGCUUUUUACAUAAUGUUUGUAAAUGUGUUGAAUAUUGUUUUACCUUGGCCUUUUGAUGCAAUGUGGUUCAAAGCACAGGGUCUUUGUUCGGAUUAUGCGUUAUUUAUCGUAUUUGUUCGUAUCUACUUUGCCACACGAGAGUAUGUUAAAGAACAAUCAUCAGCUCAACUUCCCCUGACCAAUGAGGAUGAUAUUUCACCGGCUGAUGAAGAACCAAGCGUCUCUCCAAAAGUUAUUCGACAUCCAAAUCAAAUUUUAUUGUUAAUUUUCGCUUCUUUUACUCAUAUAUUGGGAAAUGACCUCCCCUCAAUCUCACCGGUUGAUGGAAGAUUGUAA